AUGAAAAAGAAAGAAGAUGCUAUCGAACAUUUAUUUAUCUAUCAACCCCUGGCAUACGAAGAUAUACAUCGUCUAAAUGGUGAUACUCUUCCACCAUUAGCUCCAUCAUCAGCAACAUCUCGUCGUGAUGAUUUAAUACAAAAUAAAGGACCACCUGUUGGUACGCCACGACCACAAGCUCUUGUUGCACAAUGGGCUAUAACAAGUCCAAGUCCACAAUCAACAGCUGAAAAAUUAACAACAAUUGCUAGUGAUAAUGAAUUAGAUGAUGAUGAAGGCAAAUAUAAAUCAUUACAAAUAACUAAACGUACUGGAUCUCCUCAUCCAAAUACAACAAAUCGAAUAAUACAUGAUAAAAAAAAUGAAUUAGCAAAACAUAAUAAUGAAAAUUUAAUCAAUAGUGAUUAUAAAAAGUCAUCUCGUGAUAAACAACAUCAUACUAAUUUAAAGAAAGAUGAUGAUGAUGAGAAUGAUAAUGGAAAUAUAUCACGAAGAUCAUCAUCAGCACAAAGAUCACGUUCAAAAUUAAAUAAUGAAGAUGAUGAAGAUAAAUUUAAUGAAAGCCAUAAAAAACAUAAUCUCAAAGAACAAGAUCAUUAUUCAAAACAACAUUACGAUAGACAUAACGAUAAUGAUAUUAAUGAAAAUUUAAUGGAUGGUGAUUAUAAAAGAUCAUCUCGUCAUAAACAACAUACAGAUUUAAAUAAAAAUGAUAAUGAUGAUUAUGAUGAUAAUAAUAAUGAAAAUAUAUCUCGAGAAUUACCAGCAAUACAAAAAUCACGUUCAAAGCUCAAUAAUGAAGAUGAAUUAAUUAAUAAUCGAAAAACAAAUCAUUUAAAAGAACAAGAUCGUUAUUCAAAGCAACAUUAUGAUACAAAUAAUGAUAAUGAUGACGAUGAGAAUUUUAAUCACGGAUCAAGUAGACGAACAAUAUCAUCAGCUCGUAAAACGGCUGCUGGUGGUGGUUCUUCACAUCGAUCUUAUUCAAAAACAGAUGAAAAUGUAGAUGAUGAACUAAGAUGA